AACAACCACCCCAUGUAAUUAGAUAGGGAGAAACAUUUCUUGACUGUUGAUAAACUGUUUAGUUUUGCAUACGGACUAAUAGAAACUGUUACAGUUUAAUGUACGUGUAAACGUAGAGCUCACCUUUCACUAUAGUUAUAGAGUUUUAUUGAAAUAACUCGGACUGUUUUUUCAUUUUGACAAACCAAAUGGAGGAAUAAGCAUAUACCUGCAGAAGGAUGGAAAGCAAAAAGGAAAUUAAAGACAUGUUUAAAUCGGAAAAUCAUGGAGAGAAGGUGGAAAAGAAAACAUUUAAAGAAAUUUUGACGGAUUUGGUAGAAGGUAGUUCGCUGCAUGGGAUUCCAAAGAUAAUAUCAUCGAGACAGUUGGCAGUUAAAGCUUUGUGGUGCCUACUCUUCCUAGCAACAUUUUCAGUUCUUGUGAUACAAUUAUCUGGUCUUUUCAAAACAUACUAUUCUCACCCGAUUCAAACCACAGUUUCUCUAGAAUUCAAUUCAAUAACUUUUCCCGCCAUCUCGAUUUGCAACAUGAACCCGGUGCGAAAUUCAAAGCUGAGCAAUGCAAAUGCGUUACAGAAUAUACUAAAUGCUGCCUCCUCAACAGGAAGAAAGAAAAGAAGUAUUGAUGAUGAUGUCGUUACUGUUUUGGAUGAAGAACAAUCACUAAACAAUGAGGCUAAAGCUAAGAAUACGAACAAACCUAACAUUAAUGUAGAAAGAUAUUCUCCCAACUACAUUCAACCAACGCCUGUUCUUGAAAUGAAAUCAUCGGAAGAGCAUAUAGACAGGUUAUUCUAUGGUCCACUAGACGAAUCCAUGUAUUAUCAGGAGUCUUCAAUAUCUUACUUAUCUUCUUCUGAAAGUAGGCCAGAACCAACAUUUCCAUUCAAAGGAGUCCGUCGACGCAAACGUUUCGUAGAUCCUUCCUCAUUACUCAGCAGUCAACCAGUUUCUCUGCCGUCUUCGGUUUUGCCAAGUGUCCCGCUGCUUUCGUCAGCAGUAAAUUCAUUAGUGUCGAGUGUACUACCGUCAACAACUACCGAGUCUUCUGGCACUUCUUCUGAUUGGUUAGACGAAUGGACUGCCUGGUAUAGUGCGAACGGUUAUUAUGCCUCCAGUUAUUAUGACAACGGUUAUGAUACUGACUCGUGGAGCGACUGGAGUGACCCGAACGCGUAUAUUUUCUCCCAAUUAUCUUCGAAAAAGGAUAUUUGGGACGAAAGGGUAGAACAGUUCCAGAAUGUUUUUAAGAAUGAAAGUUUAAAUCUAAGACAACAGAUGGGCCAUCAGAAAGAAGAUAUGAUAAUGUCCGCAUCUUUUGCUGGAAGUUUGGAAAACAUAUCGUAUUUUCAGAAUUUUUCGUCGUCAAAGUAUGGAAACUGUUUCACGGUUUCUUCCCCAAGAUACGUAGCUUGGAGGAGCGGCCCGUCUCACGGUAUAAAGAUGACGCUAAAUUUAGAGAUAGAUGAGUAUGUAUCGAAUUUCUCUACCGGGUACGGUGUGCGGCUCUUACUUCAUGAACCCGGAACCUACCCGCUACCGACUGAUGAGGGGAUCACUCUUGGACCAGGAACGGAAACAAAUAUAGGAUUAAAAAUGGUACGAAUAUCCAGACUUGGAAAACCAUACAGUAACUGUGUUAAAGGUGUUGAUUUUGCUAAACUGUACAAGAAGAAAUACAGCGUAUCGGCAUGCUAUCAUUUCUGUCGCAUCAGGAAGGCAAUGCAGGUGUGUAAAUGUAUACCUGUAGAUGCCCCAGAUGAGAUAAAUCUUAACUCAACUGCACUUCCGGUUUGCAAUAACUCCAUAGUCGAGGAGAAAAAGUGUCUGCUCACUAUUGACAUUGGAUUCAACAAUGGUAACUACGAAUGUGAUUGUAAUGGACCUUGCAAAGAAGUUGUCUUUGAGCAGACUAUGUCUUCAAGAUAUUGGCCUACACACGAGUAUAUGGAUGUGUUGAUGUCAGAGCUAUGUGCAAAGAAUAGAUCAAAAGAAAUAACUCAGUUGAAGGCCAUAUGUGAGAAAGUGGACAAUCUUUCAUUCGAAGAUUAUGAUAAGUACAGACAAAAUUUCCUACGGGUUAUCAUUUACUUUGAGGACCUAAAUUAUGAAACAAUAUCACAAGAGCCCCUCUAUGAGAGCGUUAGAUUUUUGUCAGAUAUCGGUGGGGCAAUGGGACUGUUCCUCGGAGCAUCUGUUCUCAGUUUGGUUGAAGUUCUUCAACUUCUUCUUGAGAUAGUGCUAUAUAUAUGGGGACGACUAUCUGCAAGAAACGUUACACCAGUUACAAGUGUUUCAUGAUAUAUCAAGAGUAUACUGCGUCACUACGAUCAAAGAUGCGACCAAAGAAAGUGAUAGAAAUAAAGGUGUUUGUAAAUAUCUUAAUUACCAACCCGACCACCAACGCGGAGCUUCUCAUGUGACAUAUGACUUCUGGAACAGUGAAAUAUUUGGGAUAUACUAAUAUAUAGGAUUGGUGCAUCACUAAAAAUUAUUAAAAGAUUUGCAAAACUGUCUUAGAAUGUAAUGUUCAUAGGAAUUGUUUCUUAUUUGAUUUUACGGACUUUAUUAUAUACUAUUUUGUUUUCAUUUACUGUAAUAACAUGAUGUUUUUUAAUAAA